UUUCCUAAAAAAAAAAUGUCGAACAUAAACAAUGUGUGAUAUUUUCUUUAUUGAUUAGUUAUCAGUAUUAUUUAAAACUAAAGCUCGUUAAUUAAUUAUUAAUUGUUGUGUGAAAAGGAUCCAUUAACAACGAUUCAUAUUUUACGAAGGAGUAUCAAUAUAUCAGGAAAAAUGUCUAACGAUUAUUCAUCUCUCAAAGUGGUCGACUUGAAAAAAGAAUUGAAAACUCGAGGUCUGAGUACAGCCGGCAAUAAAGACGAGUUGGUGGAAAGACUACACACUUACACUCAAAAUUUAUUGGGAAGUGGUUCAGAUAUUGAUGGUUUUAGUGAAUCAAUAGCUGAAAAUGAUAUAUUGGACGAAGAUGUAUUGAAUGAAGAAUUGGAUUACGAAGAGGACGUGCUAAAGAAGUCAUCGGAACUAGUGUUUUCCGGUUCUGGAGGAAACACUUCGCUCGAUUUACCGGCAGAUGUUUCCGUGGACAGUAAUAAUUCUUCGUUGAAUGUCACCGUAGUGGCAGCUAACGAAGAAAAACCGUUACCGCAAAGAGAGCAAAAUAAUCAAAAAGGCGAGAAAAAAGUCCAUCUUAUCCGAAACCGGUCCUUAUCAUUGAUAUCGAAUACUGACUUGAAAGAGAAUGAUAAAUCAGAUGAAAAUAAUAAAAGCGAGAAUGACGACGAUAACAAGAAAGACGAAUCAAGCAUCAAAUUAUGCACCAAAAUUAUUCCCGAUUCUUUAGAAGAGAGAUUGGAGCUGAGGAAAAGGAAAUUUGGUGUACUGCGAGAAGAAGAUAAAAAGAAAGCCAGAGCGGCUAGAUUUGGCAUCACAACAGAACCGACUACCAAUACCAAACAAUCUGCUGCAUCAAAACCAUUGACUGAAUCCGUAGAUAUUUUGAAAAAUCGAGCACAAAGGUUUGGCCUAACCACUGCACCAGCAUUAGAUAAGACAAAAAUGUUAGAAACGUUGAAAACCCGAGCAGAACGAUUUGGUAAAGUUGUUUCGCCAUUAUUGAAUAAAUUGUCAGAAGAGGAAAAAAUGCAAGCACGUAAGAAUCGAUUUCUAACGACCGGAAAUAACGAUUUAUCGACAGAAGAGAAAAAGAAACUCAGGGCUCAGAGAUUUAAUAUCGCUACUUGAAUUACGCACGUUUCUCGAGUUUUGGUGUAAUGCAUUUUUGACCUCGAUUUUUAUAUUUAUUCAGUUUUUUGGUUCGAUAUUUGUACUGUGUUUGAUCUAUGUAUUAUCGAAGAAUGUAAUUUAGUUUGCUUCAUACAUCGCGUAAUAAAUUAUACUUUUGUAGCAACUGUCACAUGCAGCUGCACUGUUUUCA